GGAAAGCUAUAAUGUUAGUCCUUCCAUCUACCAAGGACCAUAGCUUCCAAAAUGAACAAUCAAACCUCAAAUAUAAUGUCCCUGUAUCCUUUGCCACCCUUAAUCUUUCUCUUGUGCCCCCUGUGUCGCUCUGUCUCUCUAUCCGUCUCUCUCUCCUCCCCCCACCAUCCACCCUUCUCCAGGUUUGGGCUACCAUAAGGACCUGCAGACACGGGCCACCUUCAUGGAGGUUCUGACUAAGAUCCAGACAUGUUAGUGCAAGGCUGGAGCAAACACCUGCAUGUCCUGUAGCUCUCCAGGAAAAGGUUUUGCCACCCCUGUGCAAGUAUGAGAAUUUGAGGCAGUAGUUGUUGAAACAUAGUGUGUCCUCCUGUGUCUUCUUCAGGACGAGCUGGCCCGUGUGUUGGUGACACUGUUUGACUCUCGCCACCUGCUGUAUCAGCUGCUGUGGAAUAUGUUCUCCAAGGAGGUAGAGCUGGCUGACUCCAUGCAGACUCUCUUCAGAGGCAACAGUCUGGCCAGUAAAAUCAUGACCUUCUGUUUCAAGGUUUACGGGGCGGCGUACCUACAGAAGCUCCUGGAGCCUCUACUUAACAGUGGCACAACAUCAGCUUUGAGGUGGACACAACCAGGUCGGAACAUUAACCGGAAGCAUUCCACCAGUUAGACUGUGGUAGCCUGGUGUGGUGGUAAAGGAUAGCAUGUCGAUUUGAGCAAUUUUGGGGGGUAACCUUUUUAAAUGGAAGUUACCUAGGCAAUCCUGACUUUUUAAAAAUUGAAUAUCUGAAACAUACAAUAUACUUGCAGUGAAGCUGCUCAACAACUACAUCAUACCAGUCAUCCAACAGACUCCCAUUCAGAGCGACACACAGAAGCCUCCACGGUCAAAUCCCUGCUCAAGGGCACGUUGACAGAUCUCCCACCAGGCCAAAAAACGUGAAGCCCAACCCCCCUAGGUUCUCCAAUAGCUGUCCCUCAACCAUUCAACCAAUCUGCUUACCUAUUGCAGAUUCAGUCUUCCCAGCCUCGUGCAGGUCUACAAUUUUGUUUCUGGUGUCCUUUGACAGCUCUUUGGUCUUGGCCAUAGUGGAGUUUGGAGUGUGACUGUUUGAGGUUGUGGACAGGUGUCUUUUAUACUUAUAACAAGUUCAAACAGGUGCCAUUACAGGUAACGAGUGGAGGACAGAGGAGCCUCUUAAAGAAGAAGUUACAGAUGACGAAGGAACAGCUUGCCAAAUUGUGCAAGACAAUUGUAACCUUCAUCGCACAGACCACCCUGCAGAUCCUGCUGCCAGCCCUGGCCCGCGUACUUGGGGUAAAGGACUUUGCUGACGACGACACUGACUCACCCAAGAGGGGUGGCAGUGCAAGAUCCUUUGCUGCCUUUGAUCAGGAAAGACUGGAGCUCAUCCAGGAAGUUAGAUAUCUGGCGAAGAAAAUGUAUAAGGGCGGCACAGGGGCUCAACAUCUCAGGUCCCUAACACCCUCUUCUAAGAGUUCCCAGAGCUCAGUGAAAGUCCACCUGGGAAUGACAGAGGACAGAAUCAUCAAAAGUGUCCAGGAGCAACUGUCUGAUCAUAAUAUCCUGUCCUCUUGCCCACCUGAGCUGACUGUUGGUCUUAUCAAGGUGGUGGUCGAACAGCUUAACUCUGCCCUCUCUGCGACCAUCAGCAGAGCCAUUUCAGGGCAGUCCUCCCCUAUUUCUUCUGGUAACCAGGCCGCUGAACAAAUGGUCAACAUGGUCCAGAAAUGUUUUGAUGAUCACGCCACUCCAGAGGACCAGAGCUCCACCUCUGUAUUAGAGUCAUGCAUUCCACCUGCAACAGAAGAGGUGAUGACUGUUAUCGCAGAGAUGGUGGGUGAAUUGGAAAAAGAAGAUCCGGAAUUGGCUAAGGUUUUUCGAGAAGUGGCUGUGAAAGUUAAAAUGUUGGCAUCUGGCAGUGACCUUGUAGUGGAGCACCUGGAUGUUGAAGACUCUCCUGUUCCAGAGGAGCUGAACAUAACAUGUACAUCUUGCAAAGCAAUGAUGCAAAAUCUUGGCACUCUGUUUAGUGUGAAGUUCAAGACCAAAGCCUCAAAGGCUGUGAGUGAAAUUCUUGUGAGAAGGUUAAUGAGCGAUAUCUCUGGUAUGGUUCAACCUUCUCAUUCAUUUAGUACCACUCCAAGCUUGAUGAAUGCAUCUAGCCCAUCUGACAGGAUCCUUGAUUCUGCGGCCACUGAGCUCAUACAGACCAAAGUAGAAUCUGAGGCAUCAAAAAUAAUUGAUAACUUUGUUGAAGAUGUCAAGGACAUUGUGCAGUAUGCUGAAUUAGAUCAGCCAACAAGCACCCAGAGAGAUACCCAAGUGGGACACUGUACGACAAAGCGGAAACCCUUCCAUGCAGCUCGUAGACUCUGCGAGAGACUUCAGGCAAAGCUGGAGACAUUGUUCCUCAGAAUGGGUGGAGCUCCAGUCCAAGGGGAAGAACUUAUGGAAAAAGCUGACUCCAGUGCUGCGCUUCUGGAACAUACUGACUCCAGUGAUCUGCCUGUUUCAAUCCUGAGCUUGCCUUCCCCAUGUAGGGGUGAAUCCCCUAUAUCAGAACGUAGUUCAUCUUCUUUAUCUGAUGGAUGUGAUUCAACUGACUCUGUAGGAGAGAAAACACCAGAGCAACCUGAAACCAGUAAGAGUGAGGCAAUACUGCAAGUGGUCAACUCAACGGGACUUGGUUCUCUCCGUAAAUGCCAAAGUGAGAACUCUCAACCAUUACUGUCUCUCUGUAAUUCCAACAUGGUGCCCUGCACCAAAGAGGUCUUGUCCCAGAUUGUGACCAUGUAUAGGUCAGAGGUGGCAGAUUUGGAAUGCACAUCAUCUGUUGCAGAGGGUUCCUCUUACAACUCCCUUGAAGUCUGUGGCUUUUUGGACAGUGUCAUGUCUUAUCUAGAAGACAUGCCCGUGUCUGGUUCUUCAUGGUUGGAAGGAUUAAGAGAUACUCCAGCCUCAGUCAUUGAGAAACUCUCCAGUGAGGAGUUCCAGAUGAACGCUACCAACGAAGUGCGAAAAAUACUGAUCAAAUCAGUCAGUAGCUUUCCCAGCAAAGUCAGUUCCAGCCAGACAGAUUCUCAGAUGUUGCCAGCAAAAUCAACAAUUUCCUUAAGGCAUACAGAUAUAACUGCUUUUGAAAUCGUUGGAUCAAUUACAAAUGACAUGAAGAGCCUUUUCCCACCCACAGAGUCUUCUACUACUCUAUGGCAGGCAGACUCUAUGCUUCAACAGAGUGAUGAGAAAACCUCAGAGUACACUGAGGCCACACCCAAAGGCUCACAGUCUGGUUUGGAAGUAUCUGAGAAGAAGAUCUGGACAACUGCAAAGACUAUUUACCACAAUGUGAAGACAAAGAUGAGGAAUUAUUUUACAUGGCAAAAUCAAGUCAAAGCAACAACGGCUCAAGCAAAAAAGACCCUCAGCCAUAUUCUGGUUUCAAUUCAGAAAGAGCUGUCAAAAUCUGACAAAACGGUGACUGCGCUUUCACAAAUAGAGAAUGUGGUUGGAAUGAUGCUGAAGGAUGUUGAAAGGGUAAGCAGUGAAUGUGGUGAGGAACCGAUCUAUCAAGCGCCACAGCGUUCUUCCUCCUCGUUGUCAUCCUCAUCUGCCAGAUCAAAGAAGUCAGAGUGGGAGUUUUCACUCCCUGGCACUCCCAUCUCUUCUGAUUUACCAGAGAGUAUUACUCAGCCCAUUGUGAGAUGCUCAGUCAUCGACAUGGGCAAAUCUACUAAGCCAAAAACAUUGAUGUGUGAUGCCAGGGAAAGCAUGUCUGCAAUAGUGGAUACCAUCAUAAAGGAGGUACAUCCAGAGGAAGAAGGGGAGGUUGCAUUCCACCCUGAUCUAACAGCUGCAAUAGCAAGACUGGAGGAGCUCAUAUCUCAGGGUAGGAUUGGUGCUCUCUCACGUGAUCUUACUCACCAAGUCAACCGCAUCAUUUCUGAGAGCAACUUGACCCCUCUGGUUCUGACAGUGGCGGCUGGAAAGAGUGUAUCCGAUACAGUCCUUACUGAGCUGAAGAGGAAUGACAAGACGGUGGGGAAGCCCACAGCUUACAAGCUGGUUCAGCUUUUUGCAGAGGAGUCUGUGAAGUGCCUCUUGCUUCCUAGCCUUGUGCCCUCUACAGCUUCAAUGAGUUUGGCUCAGGGAGUUAGUGUGCCGGCUAGCGUAUCUGAAGAUAGGAUUUCAUGUUCUUUUUCUACAUCAGCAUUUAGUGACACAGUCAGCCUGUUUACCAAAGUAAUGGUAAGCCAGGUCAUGGACUCUGUGGUUUCUGAUGCACAAAGCAGAGGGUCAUCUCCAACCGGAACUGUAACUGAUAUAGGCAGUCUACUGAGUGGUAAGUCCUACCCUCUGCCAUCUUUCUCCGCCAUCAGCAUGACAACAAGUGGGACCUCCAAUGCUGCACGAGGCUUUGAGGCCAACAUAGAUGCUGAGGAAAGGGAUACCAUCAGUUGUUUCGGUGUACCUCAGAGCAUUGUUUGUGAUGAGAAUUCAACCAGCCCGGAUGUUGCCUCGCUUUCAACCCCAUCCACUGACAACUUAGUCGGUGAUUAUGACUUCACCAGCCUCAUCAGCAUGUUAGUGGUGAGACUUCUGUCAAAAAUCCAAACCCAAAAUGAUCUGUACCCAACUGACGUCACACGCACGUCACAAGACCUGAUUCCAAAAGUUAUAGCUGCCUUCUGUGCAUGGUCAGGCUGCUCUGAGACCCAAGCUUAUCCCAAGAACCUGAAGAGUCACAAAGUAUACAGCACCGUCUACAAACAUCUGUUGAAGGAGUUUGGCUCAGAGAAAAUACUCCAACUGGCCGUGUCGACUCAGGACUCCACAUUCAAUAGGAUUCUUGUGAAGUCAUUGAGCAAGGAGCUUCUCCACAGUUGUAACAAGGCAUCAAGAGCAGCCUCAAGAACAUCUUUCGAAGCCACCAGGCCAGAAGCUCUUCUCAUGGCUGAAGAUGUGAAGGCUACCAGAGGGAAGCUGUCUUUCCUACAAAGGCUUGCCAGACUGAAAUUCGACUUAAAGCCAUUCAUGAUGGGAAACAAGAAGGAUUCCAAGAAGAUGGCCCUCUCAGCUUGAUAUGUGUUCAGAAUAUUAUAUUUAAGUUUUUUAUUUACCAAAAGCCUGUAUAGAUCUUUAGUCGGGCCUCUUUGGUAGGUUUUCUCUAGCUCUGAGAUUUCAGAUUCAAGGGCACUCAGUUCCGCACCGUGUUUUUUCUUCAGCCCUUUAGUAUAGGAAAUAAUCUGUCCCCUCAGAUAGGCCUUCAAUGUGUCCCAAAGAAUUAAGCUGUCAGGAGCAGAGGGUUUGUUUGUCAAAGUAAAAAUAUUGAUCUGCUCUUUGAUGAAUGCACAAAAUUCAGGUUGCUUUAGGAGUGUAGAAUUUAGUCUCCAUCUAUAUGCUCCAUUUACCUUGGUAGGAAUGGAGAUUGAUAAUACCAGAGGAGAAUGGUUACUAAGCAAUCUGGGGAGAUACUCGACAUCUAACACUCUAUGAAACAGUUGUGUCGAAAGUAAAAAGUUAUCUAUGCGUGUGUGUGUCUUGUGUGGGUGUGAAUAAAAAGAGUAGUCCCUAUCCUGUGGGUGCAACUGUCUCCAGAUGUCUAGUAAAUUGAGAUCUUUCAUGAAUGACAUGGUGAGCUUGCCGGCUUUGGUAAGAAGUGAGGGUUUAUCAGAAGACCUAUCAAGAACUGUAUCUAAGCAAAAAUUAAAAUCUCCUCCAACCAGUAGCCAUCCUGGUGGUGCUUGAGCAACCUGAAGGAAGACAUUCUGAAUAAACAUAUGGUCAUCGAAGUUAGGAGCAUAAAUAUUCAAUAGGGUCCAAGACUCUGAAAACAUAUGCCCCUGCACCAAAACAAACCUGCCAGAGGGAUCAGAGAUGGUGUUGUUGACGCAGAAGGGGAUGUGUCUAAUUAUCAAAAUUGCAGUUCCUCUUGCUUUGGAGUUAAAAGAGGAUGCAAAAACUUGUCCUACCCAUUCCCUCUUCAAUUUCUUGUGUUUACUGGCUGUAAGAUGUGUUUCUUGUAAAAACACAAUGUCAGCCUUUAAUUUCUUAAGGUAUGUAUAGACUCUUUUCCUUUUAAUCGGGCUGUUAAGACCUUUUACGUUGAAUGUGACAUAUUUUAGUGGAUUAAGCAUAGGUUGGGUUUCAAAUAUGUAACUGAAUAGAAACCUAUCAUAUGCAGAUAAUUAGGAAAUGUUUCAACUUUGGUUUGAGCACAAAAGUGACCUGUGUGUCUCUUUAGGAAGGAAACAAUAAACGUAGAAAAAAGGAAGAAAAAAUAAAUAAAAAUCCCACCCACCCCGAUUGUCAGACUAAAACAACAAUCCCAACAAUCAAACAUGAAUACACUUGUAGAGAUACGUUGCUGCUCGCUUUCCAUCUUGCUCUUACUAGCUAAACCUUGGCGUAAACUAAAACCUGCGAGCUCUCUAAAUUGAAAACAAACGUUGUGAAUAGAUAUUUAUGGCUGAAUAUUUACUGCCCACGGUAAGGGAUGCUUGAGUCUCUUUUCGAAAGAUUAACAUAAAUGAGGGGGAAAGCAAUGGGCCUAAACCCACUUAUUGCUUCGCCCAGUAGAUAUGGACUAAACCAAAAUAUACUCUCCUGUAAAUGUAAUUACGGUUAGUUGAAAAUGUACAAAUCAAUUAAAGUGACCGGGAGAUACCAGCAGUUCAAUCCGGAUAAGAGAAAACAAACGAACUGCAUUUAUCCCCCAGAGAGACCGUCCUGGCUCAGACGUUGCUCAGUUCUUUGAGAAAAGUGUGCACUUCUCCCGGUGUGUUGAAGAGAUGGCUUCGGCCUUUGUACUGAACUUUCAUCCGCGCAGGGUGGAUGAGGUAGCCGGUGAUGUUCUUCUCCUUCAGUGCUUUGGCGGCAGGUCUGAACUGCUUGCGGCGUCUGGCGAGAUCCGCGCUCAUAUCUGGGAAAAGGCUGACCCUCUUUCCAUCGAUGGUGAUGUCCCCUUUGGCUCUUGCGAGUUGCAGUAUCUUCGCUCUGUCUUGGAAACGGAGGAACCUCAUCAGGACGGCUCGUGGGGGCUCAUCUGGCCGGGGUUUCGGCGCUGAUGUUCUGUGGGCGCGUUCGAUUUCCAGCGGCUUGGUGAAGUUGAUUAUGCCUAGGACCUCCGGGAUCCAUUGAGUGAAGAAACGGACCGGGUCACGGCCCUCGCUGUCCUCUUUCAAUCCCACCACACGGAUAUUACUAUGUCUACUCUGGUUCUCCAUCUGAUCUACCUUGUUUUUGAGGUAGGCAUUGUCCUUUUGCAGUUGUGUCAAGACCUGGUCAUGUCUAGCGAUGGUAUCUUCAACUGUGCUAAUGCGCAACUCUGCCUCAGUCGUUCUCAAAAGGAGAUCAUUCAUGGAGGAUUUCAGGUCGUCAAUGGAAGAAUGGAGUUCAGCCGAUUUCUUAUCAAUUUUCAGAGAAAGACCUCUGUUACCACCCUGAAUUUCCCGGAGGAGAGUAGCCAGCAUGUCGGCAGGCUCGCAAGAGGCUGCUGAGAGCAACAGUCUGGAACUGUCGUCUGAGUUAUGAGGGCUAAUGCUAAUCUUGCUAGCUGUAGCGUUAUCGUUAUCUUGGGAAUCAACAACGUUUUGGUCGUCCUUCUUGCCUCUCGGUCGGAGGUCCAUGGCUCUUUGGGAAGGUAAGUACUUGACAAUUUAUCAGCCGAUGUUAGAAUAUUGUUUCAACGUUGUUAUUUAGGUAAAAAUAGAAUAACUUUGAAGAGCUCGGUUUGUCAACGUCUGCUCAGCUCCGCGGCAUCACGUGCUCCCGGACGUUUACUGUUUGAGAUAUUGGUGUACAAAGCUGCUAUUGCAAAAAUAUGAAACCCUAUAUACAGUACAUUAUAUAUUAUCGAUAGUAAUCUCUUAUGUAAAAUGAUUUAUAGUUUCCAAAUCUCAAGAUUCUGGUUUUCAUUUAUUUGUGAAAGUAAUAAUGAGUUGAAACUAAGAAUACAAUAUAACAUAAUUUCUAAAUGAAAGUGCAUGUAGACUCUCUCUCUUCUGUCGCCCAACAUAGUGGCACAUCCUGGACUCCCAGAGGGUCUUCCCUCCACCUCUCAACAGGAGAAGCCUCGCAAACGUCCCCUUCUAAACAGGAUGUUUUCCACCAUCUCCAUAGGCCUAUCCAAGCCAUUCAAACAGUUUUCAAAGCAAGCUUAAUACAACAAUUUCCUUUAAUACAGUAAUAUUUGCAUUAAAUUGAUGGCCUUUGUCUUCUUUUGUGUUGCCCUGUUAACACAUUUGAUUAGAAAAUACAGUCAUAGUCACGGUGUAGGCUAAACAAAGUAAUGUUGUCCUGAAUAAUGUAUAGAACAUGCACCCCCCCCCCCCACCCGCACACACACACACAGUGUGAUUCAUUGAACACACACACAUAGUACUUCAGAUAUGUCCCACAACCAGCAUUCAACCAGAUAUCAAUGAUUCAGUGUAAAAUACAUGUACUGUAAAAUAAACCGUAUUUAAUUUACAACCAAUAAAAUAAUACAUGAUGCAGGA